AUGAACACCAAUUCAUCCCCAUCAAGUGGAAACAACAAAGCAAAGCAAAGCAAAAGCAAGUUCCCGUCGAUGCAUGAGCCAGCAGCAGCAGCAGUAGCAGCAGUGGUGCUGCACAGCACCCAAACCACGGAACAGGAACAGGAACAUCACCAACUACCAUCCGCAAAAUCCACCACCACAACCACCACCACCAUCACCCUCAACCACCACCCCGACAAUUCGUCAUCCACAUCCACAUCCACAUCCUCAAUGUCCCCGCCACCUCCCCUCAAAACCCCGCGGCGCUUCCUCUUCAUCGCCUCAAUCGGCAACCCACGCCCAUACCGCACGACGCGGCACAGCGCCGGCCACAUCCUCCUCGAAGCCCUCACACCACUCCUCCCACGCCGACUUCCUCUCGUGGGCGCCUCCCCCAACAAUGGCAACAUAGUCAAUCCGCUAUUCUACAAAACCUACACCAGCCCCACCUACAUGAACGAAUCGGGUCCCAAACUCCUCCGCAACUUUCAAUCGUGGCUCUCAUCCACCCAAACAGAAAUAUACCAGAAGAUCGUGCAGCCGGGGAAUGUACUCUCCACAAACACAACGCCCCAUGACGCUGCAUCAGACGCUGUAGCAGAAUGGCACCUCCGCGGCACCGACCCCACAACCCUCCGAAACUUCUCCCCGACACUAGUCAUCCUUCAUGACGAAUUGGAGGCGCCGUUGGGGAAAGUUCGGGUGAAGAGGGGCGGGCCGGAGAAGGCGAGCCUGAGGGGACAUCGGGGGCUGAUUAGUUCGUUUGAGAGUUUGAGGGGGAAGGGGCUGUAUCCUCCGAAUCCGAAGAAGAAUGUCGUUGGGGCCGGGGUGGAUUUGUCGGUGUUGAGGAUUGGGGUGGGGAUUGGGAGGCCCGAGACGAGGGAUCGAGGGGGUGUUGCUAAGUAUGUUCUGGAGGAGAUGAGUGAUCGGGAGUUGAAGGCUGUGAAGGCUGCCGCGGGGCCGGUUUUGGAGGUGUUGAUGGAUGAGUUGUAUAGGGAUGAUAGAUUAGAUAGAGGUGGUUUAGAGAUACCCUUAUAUUAUUAG